AACAAUUCUCCUUUCUUCUUUCAAACUUUCUCAUCACUCUCUCACUCUCAUAAAGAAAUUAAAAGACACUAAAAUCAAACAAUGGCGGUAAAGAGAUCCUCUAAGCUAACACAAACAGCAAUGCUAAAGCAAAUACUUAAGAGAUGCUCGAGCUUAGGCAAGAAACAAUGCUAUGACGAGGAAGGUCUCCCUCUUGACGUACCAAAGGGACAUUUUCCGGUUUAUGUAGGCGAAAAGCGUACGAGGUACAUCGUACCAAUUUCCUUCUUGUCUCAUCCCGAAUUUCUUAUUCUUCUUCAACAAGCAGAGGAAGAGUUCGGUUUCCACCACGACAUGGGAGGACUCACUAUCCCUUGCGAAGAAGUCGUUUUUCUCUCUCUAACAUCCAUGAUCAGAUGACAUGUAGAGAGUUUACAUUAUGAUAUAUUUAUGAGGACUAUGAUUCUUUUCUUUUUUUGCCUUUGGAUAAAGAUUUGUUAUCCAAAUGGUUUUCUUUUUCCCGGACUGAAACCUGUAAGAUCCACCUAAAAGAUCACUCUCUACAUGGAUCAUGUAAAUCUCGGGUUUUUAGUUCGUUAAUUCGCCCUAAGUGGGGUUAGUAUUCGAUGGAACAUUGUUUUUUUUUUUUUUUUUUUUAUGAGCUGAUAAGUGGUGGCUUGGCUAAUAGAUGAUUAUUUUAGGUUGGAAUCUUAUGAUCAUUCGAGUUCUUUGAAACUAAGAGAUGUUCGAUUUUUGUAUGAGUCUUUGUAUGGUUUUCUUCACGGAUGUAAGUACGUUUUGAAUUGUAUGCGCGUGAUGUAUUAAUUAAAAUUUCCAUCCUAUUGAA